GCAGAACAGUCCUCCCUGUAAGAGCCUAACCAUUGCCAGGGAAACCUGCGCUGGGCGCUGCCUUCAUUAUCAGUAUUUUUUUUAUUAAUCUGAUUAAUAAUUAUUUUCGCCCCAUUUAAUUUUUAUCCUCCCAGGUGGAGUUGCCGGAAGGUGGGGGCACCUAGGGAGGUCGGUAAUGAGAGGGGAGAGGCAGGAGUUGAGGGUAUCUCCCUCUCCCUACCCAGACCCUCUGGCCCCCAAGGGGCAGGAGGAAUGCAGGAGCAGGAGUUGCGAUAGGGAGCUGCAGAUGCCUCUCCCCCUCCCCUCUCCUAGGCUUUCUCUCCUGACCCCUUCCUGCAACUCUCCUUAAUUUUAUUUGGCUUUUUGAUAAUCAGGACUAUUCUUUUUUAUUUUAAUUUAUAUAAAGUAUAUGUGUGUGUGGAGCUGAAACAGGCUCGGCAGCGGCACAGAAUGAGGGAAGAAGAGAAAGACAGAGAGUGGGAGAGAGAGAGAGAGAGAGAGGCAGAGAGAGAGGGAAAGAGGGAGAGUGACAGCAGCGCCCGCGGGGGGCUCAACCCCAAGACCUCCAGAAAUGACGUCAGAAUCAUUUGCAUCCUGGCUGCCUCUACCUGCCUGGUCCAGCUGGGGACCCUGCCUCGCCGUCCCCGUGGCCAGAGGGUUGGAAAUUAAUGAUCAUGAGCUCGUAUUUGAUGGACUCUAACUACAUCGAUCCGAAAUUUCCUCCAUGCGAAGAAUAUUCGCAAAAUAGCUACAUCCCUGAACACAGUCCGGAAUAUUACGGCCGGACCAGGGAAUCGGGAUUCCAGCAUCACCACCAGGAGCUGUACCCACCACCGCCUCCGCGCCCUAGCUACCCUGAGCGCCAGUAUAGCUGCACCAGUCUCCAGGGGCCGGGCAAUUCGCGAGGCCACGGGCCGGCCCAGGCGGGCCACCAUCACCCCGAGAAAUCGCAGCCGCUCUGCGAGCCGGCGCCUCUCUCAGGCGCCUCCGCCUCCCCGUCCCCAGCCCCGCCAGCCUGCAGCCAGCCAGCCCCCGACCAUCCCUCCAGCGCCGCCAGCAAGCAACCCAUAGUCUACCCAUGGAUGAAAAAAAUUCACGUUAGCACGGUGAACCCCAAUUAUAACGGAGGGGAGCCCAAGCGCUCGAGGACAGCCUACACCCGGCAGCAAGUCCUGGAAUUAGAGAAAGAGUUUCAUUACAACCGCUACCUGACCCGAAGGAGAAGGAUCGAGAUCGCCCACUCGCUGUGCCUCUCUGAGAGGCAGAUCAAAAUCUGGUUCCAAAACCGUCGCAUGAAAUGGAAGAAGGACCACCGACUCCCCAACACCAAAGUCAGGUCAGCGCCCCCGGCCGGCGCUGCGCCCAGCACCCUCUCCGCAGCCACCCCGGGCACUUCUGAAGACCACUCCCAGAGCGCCACGCCGCCGGAGCAGCAACGGGCAGAGGACAUUACCAGGUUAUAAAACAUAACUCACACCCCUGCCCCCACCCCAUGCCCCCAUCCUCCCCUCACACACAAAUUGACUCUUAUUUAUAGAAUUUAAUAUAUAUAUAUAUUUUGGUUCUUUUCUUUCUCCCACCUCCUCCCUUGUCAAUUCAAACAGACAAAACAGAUAAACAAACAAGCCCCCUGCCCUUCUCUCCCUUCCACUGUUUAGGACCCUUUUAAGCAUGUGAUGUUGUCUUAGCAUGGUACCUGCUGGGGUUUUUUUUAAAGGUCAUUUGGGGGGUUAUUUAUUUUUUAAGAAAAAAAGCUGCAAAAAUAUAUAUUGCAAGGUGCGAUGGUCUGGUUUGGGUGAAUUUCAGGGGAAAUGAGGAAAAGAAAAAAGGAAAGGGAGAUUUUUAAGCCAAUUCUCAUCCUUCUUCUCCUCCUCCUUCCCCCCUCUUUCCUUAGGCCUUUUGCAUUGAAAAUGCACCAGGGGAGGUUAGUGAGGGGGAAGUCAUUUUAAGGAGAACAAAGCUAUGAAGUUCUUUUGUAUUAUUGUGGGGGGGUGGGAGGAGGGGGGAGGACAGCAGACAAAGCUAAAUGCAUCUGGAGAGCCUCUCAGAGCUGUUCAGUUUGAGGAGCCAAAAGAAAAUCAAAAUGAACUUUCAGUUCAAAGAGGCAGUCUAUAGGUAGAAUCUCCCCCCACCCCCAUCGUGGUUAUUGUGUUUUUGGACUGAAUUUACUUGAUUAUUGUAAAACUUGCAAUAAAGAAUUUUAGUGUUGAUGUGAAAUGCCCCAUGAUCAAUAAUAAACCAGUGGAUGUGAAUUAGUUUUA